GAGUUUCGACGCGACGCGCCGCCGACGUACUAUUCACAAAAUCAGUCGGUCGUGUAUACUUCGAAUUCCCGAAAAGCCGUGCAGAUUUUUUUUUUCGUACUUUCGUACUUUGUGGUAUUUUACAGGAAUUUAUUGUUAAAUGUGUCUCUUUCCGGAUUAUCAUGCAGCAGCAGCAGCAGAAACACCGGCAGCAUCAACUGCAACGCCGUAGUCUGGCUAAUGGCGCUCAUCCACCACUACCACCACCACCGCCAUCAUCAUCAUCAUCAUCAGCAAAAGAACGAAGAAAACAAUGAUGAACGUGGAUCCAGUGGAUGCCAGUGGAUCGCAACAAAGCCCUGGCACCGAUCCAAGGACGAAGAGGAACAGCGGCCUGUUCGCCUUCUUCCGAUGGUUCAAACCGUCGCCGUCGGGAUCCAGGGAAUCGGUCGUCGGCGUCGGGACGUCCGACGCGUCCACCACGAGCGGCAGCAGUAGCAGCAGCGUCGAGAGCGUCGCCUCUGAUAAAAGUUCGGGAACGGUCGCGAGUUUCCGGUUCGUGUCGGGUAACGCGUACGAGAACAAAGCGGUCCUAUUGGAGAGACGGGUGCCUAUUGGUCCUGAAACAGACACAUAUAAGGCCCGACUGAAACAACGGGAUAAAAGAAGAGAAAAAGACAAAAAUGUGACCCUGCGCAAAAAGUACAAUUUGUUCUUCCACAAGCACCACGCCCCGACCCCGAAACCACUCGAGGAAGACGAAAUCUCCAAGAGUUUACCACUGAUGACCCGGGCGCAUAUCAUGGAGGUCGAACCUCAAAAGGUUCACAGAAGAACAAACAGUGAGUCCUCAAAACUGAAAACGGCGGGUGCUUAUUUGCACGUGAAAGGAAAAAGGAAAGCACCACAGCCUCCAUCGGGAGGCAUCAACGGUCAGAAGGUUCCUCAAGAUGUCACCAACAGCCUCAAAAAGAAGAAACGGGCUGCUCCAGGUCCUCCAGAGAAGCCAGAAAACGAGAUUUUAGCGAACGAUUAUCUUAAGUUGGACCAUGGGGUGCUUAAGCCAGUUAAAGAGGAUAAUAGACCAAAGAGUCCUGCUGUGCCCGCUCAAGAAAACUUGCCCAGUAUGAGUUUUAAUGCGCUGAGUCCCUCUUCUUCCAGGACGAGUUGCUUGGAAGCUCCUGUGUCGCCAAGGCCGUGGUACAAGAGGAAUUCCACUUCUAAGGAGAUGUUGGCUAAGAAGGAGAGACACGACGAUGUUGAAAGAUUGCCAGAAGUGUCUUUUAUGCGAAACUCCUCCCAAGACAUCAACGCAGAAGAACCUCCUGUACCCCCAACCACCACCGAUAAGAAACAAAACGACAAUAAGCGCAAAAGCGGCAUGUCCUUCCUAACUAACAUCAGUGAACUGGAUCGGGAAGCGUCGGAAAUCAUCAAAAACAAACAAGAAUACGAACGAACAACCGGGAUCAAACAGACCGAACUGAUCCCGGAUAUUCCCGAAUUCAUGAAACCCAAGUCGAACUCCUCCAGUUCGAACGAGAACAGUUUGGCAUCACCGAAAAGACGUACCGCCAAAGACCUUAUUGCCAAAUUUAAUGCCAUCACCAAUGCCACUAAAGUGACAGUUUUCGGUGGUUCCCAGAGGGAUCAGCGGUACUUUGGUAAGCAAACCAGUUUGGACGAGGCGAGACAGAGACAAGAACAACUGCUGGAAAGCCACAAGAAGAGGAUAGAGGACAUCGAUAAGAAGAAGGAGGACAGAUUCGCGUCGCCAUUAAUGAAAUCGGAAAGUGCUAAAACGGUGAAAGUUGCCGAGCCAACCCCCAAGAUGGAAAGGAAGAACUGGAAAUGCCCCAAGUGUCACUUGGAGAACGACUAUUGGAGGAUCAUCUGUCACGUUUGCUCAACUAUUAAACCAUACUUUGAUGACAUUAUGUUGACCCCAGAGGCGAAUAAACCUCCUGCAAGUCCUCUGGAGGUACGUAAGGACAAUAACGCAUUUGAACGCUCAAAAACCCAAAUUGGCUUCUCUGCUUUGGCCAACUACAAAGUGCAAAACAAAGUAGACGAUUGCAGUAAGAAAGAAGAACGAGAGCGACUGAAAAAGAUGCUGAUCGAAAUGAAGAACUCCUUGCCGAAAAGAAAAACCGACUUGCUAAUGAAGCAGAACAGCAGGACAAGCAUCAUCAUGGAGAACCCUGAGGAUGUCACCAAAAAGGAGAAAACCCAGGAGGAGAAAGUGGCGGAGAUACUCAUCGGUACCACUAGGACCGUGUACGAGAACAUAAAAGUGCGUAAAGGUGCCGAAGCGGUGAAACCGGUCAAAGUGUCCUCCGGGGCCCAAACUAGUGCCGUAGUUAAAGAGGUGGUACCGGAAAGUAGUUUGAAAAAACUGAUAGAAACCCAUAAAGCGAGUAGCGGUUAUGAACCGAUGAAAAUCCAAGAUUUCGAGAACAUUUAUUCGGAUAAGAAUGGUACCAACGCGGCCCGGUUGUACGCGAAUUUAUCCCAAAACGAUGAACUGUCCUUGUUUUUCAACGUGCCCAAGAGUAGCAACGAAACGAAUAAAAAACCGAGCGAUUUCAAUACGGACACAAUUGAAAUUAAUCGACUUUUAAGGCGACUGGAAAGUGCCAUAGGAAAAGGGGAUUUGACUGAGGCGGCCAUUUUUGCUAAGGAACUGGCACAAUUGAAGGUUAAUUGUUCGGUUAUCAGGCAAAAACCUGUAGUGGGGGGUGCUUACGGAAUCAAUAAGGGAUUUCAAAUUGAGAUGUAUGUAGAAGACAAAGUUUCCCAUCGAGGGCCAUUUCCAGUGGAAGUAACCGAGAGUCAAACUGUAGCUCAACUGAAAGAGCAAAUUUCUAGGGAAUUUGAGAUUCCCGUGGAAGUACAACGUUGGAUCCUAGGGAAGGAACUGGUGACUGAUGACAAUUCGACCCUAAAAGAUCACAAGAUCACUCAGGGUUGUCCUGUAUUUUUGUAUCUAGUUGCACCUGAAAAGCGACCUAGAGACCCGAAGAUCACCAAUAAUAACCAACCUUCUACCUCGAAAGCACCCUUAAAAACCGAGGCACCUAAAGUAGUAAACGUUAUACCAAAACCGGCAGAGCCUUGCCCUAUAAGGGUGGAAAACAAGGAAAUCACCUUGACAAACAACCCUUCCUACCAACCACCCCCGUCAGUAUCAAAAACAGAAAUCAAAGUAGAAAUAAGACCUUAUUCGGCAAGAAACUCGACCCCCCCAAAAGAAGAAAAGUCCGCUCUAGUCAAAGCAAAAUGCACCCAAGUAAAGGUGUUCGAACCUCCCCAAAUUGUACUAGAAACCCCCCAAGUAACCAAACCAUUAGAUGUCCGAUUAUUAUCAGACCCUCCAUCCACCUCCAAACUGUACCCAAACCUCCCGAAAGUGACUCCCUCGGAAGACCCGAGUGAUUUAAACACCCUAAAACCCCUUAAAGAAUGGGAAUGUCACUUGUGCACUCUACUCAACCCUGAAUCUAGUAAUAUAUGUGCAGUAUGCUCCACCGUACGCAUCCGCACCUCCCUGAAGAGGUCCAAUAAGAAGAAACCCGCGCCCCAACCGCAAACUUACCAGCAGCUGGUCAGUUUGGACAAUGCGGAUUUGGUAAGUAACGCGGAGGAUUUUGAGUGUUUAGUGUGUUACUCGCAGGUGGUCAGGGGUGAGGGUGUUACCCUAAGGGAGUGUCUUCAUCAGUUUUGUAAGGAAUGUCUCGCCUAUACUGUGGAGUUUGCCGAAGAUGCUGAGGUUAAGUGUCCCUUCAGGGAUAAAGUGUACUCCUGUAAUAUUGCCCUGCAGGAUAGGGAAAUUAAGGCUCUAGUGUCCGCGGGGGUGUACGAGCAGUAUCUGGCCAAAUCGGUCGCUCAAGCGGAAAAUCAAAUGGAGAAAACGUUUCAUUGUAAAACGCCCGAUUGUAAGGGUUGGUGCAUUUUUGAGGAUAACGUUAACGAGUUCCGGUGUCCGGUUUGUAGGAAAACCAACUGUUUAACUUGUCAGGCCAUCCAUAUGGGUGCCAACUGUAAACAGUACCAAGAACGUAUGAAGGACGAAUCCAGUUUAAAUGAAGACGCCAAGAGAACCAAAGAUUUUCUUGAGGAAAUGGUGGAGAAGGGCGAAGCUAUAGCUUGUCCUACUUGCAAGGUGAUACUAAUGAAAAAAUGGGGCUGUGACUGGCUAAGGUGUUCAAUGUGCAAAACGGAGAUCUGCUGGGUGACGAGGGGGCCGAGAUGGGGCCCGGGGGGUAAGGGUGAUACUACGGGGGGCUGCCAGUGCGGCGUAAACGGGUUCAAAUGUCACCCCAAGUGCAACUAUUGCCAUUAGUGUUCAUCGUCUAAUCUUACGCUUAUUUUAGUGAAAUUUCUUUGUGCCAUUAUAUUAUUUCGUUUUUACUUUUGUUAUUAUAUGUUACUUUGUUUCGGUUUUAAUAAAAUAUCGUGUGAUAAAUAAUGGAUGCUCGGGCGUACUAACAUUUAUAAAACAUAUAUUAUAUUUUAUUUUAAUUGAAUUAUUGUUAAAUGAUAUUUUUACAACAGGACGUGUCUUUUAAUGGAACUGUUAAAACUGCCUAUAUUUGUAUAGUUGAUAGGAAUUUCUUAAUAAAACGGAUUCAUAAAACAAA